AGUAUACUUCUUUCUUAAUUUACAUAGCAUCAUAUAAUACAAAAUGACCAAGAGAACUAAGAAGGUUGGAAUUACUGGUAAAUUCGGUGUCAGAUACGGUUCUUCUUUAAGAAGACAAACCAAGAAGUUGGAAGUCCAACAACACGCCAAGUACGACUGUUCAUUCUGUGGUAAGAGAACUGUUCAAAGAGGUGCUGCUGGUAUCUGGAGCUGUAAGUCCUGUAGAAAGACCGUUGCUGGUGGUGCUUACACUGUUUCUACUGCCGCUGCUGCUACUGUCAGAUCUACCAUCCGUCGUUUGAGAGACAUGGCUGAAGCUUAAGUUUGGAGGUACAUCCUUUUUAUUUAACGGAAAAUAAACAAAUAAUAGUUUAAACGUAAUAAGAAUAUCUCAUGUAAUUUUAGUUUUGGUUGCACUUUUAUAUUUCAAUGACAAACAGGUAAUAUCUAGUCUAUAUUGUAGUGUAAACUGUGGUUCAGCAUAAGGUAUACCAAGUCGUGCGUUGAUUACAGAAAACAGAUAAAAAAAUCAAAUGUUAGCGAGAGAGGCGAAAUUAUCUAGCAACACAUAACUCUAAAACAAGCUUAUACAACCAAAGUAGAACCAGGGAUCUAUCAAUGAUGUCUGAUAUACCGCAAUUUCAAUUUCCUAAGAUCCAUUCGUUUCCUCCAUUGUACACGAAGCAGCCCAACACCACUAUAUUAACACAGCAAUUGGAAGCAUGGACGGCAAUCAUACUUGAAUACUGUGAAUACUACAAAAUCACGAGGAUAUCCAAAGAUGGAAUACCGAAACAUUCACAACUUGAAAUUGACCUUGAUUCUCUUCCUCCCAUAUUUAGCAAUACCGCUAUCAAUCGAAGCGUGAACUCCGAAUUCAAAACAUUAAUAAUUAAUUCGUUAAUCCAUAAACUAAACUCGGGAGAAUACGUCAAUUCGAAAAAGCCAGAAUUGGGUAUUUUCAUAUAUUGGAGAAAGCUCGAAGACUGGGGAAGUUUGCUAUAUCAAUAUGUCGAUGAUAGUGGCCAAUUAGGCACGGUGUUGACCGUGUACGAGUUGACUAAGAGCGACGAAGGCGGAUUACCCGAGGCAAUAAGGGGUUUAGAUGAAACUUUCUUGAUUAAGAUUAUUAAGGGGUAUUUGAUGAAGUUGGGCAAAGCACAGAUUUUAAUGAAUGAGAAUAAUGAAAUUGGUGGGGUGAAGAUUGUGUAGAUAAUCAACAGCAGCAUGUCACUACAGAACAAAUAUUGUAGAUGUACUGCCACUAACCUUUGGUUCUUCGGGAGAGAAGGUUGCUUAGGCACAUAAUAAUAUGUUUUUAUUUCAGUAGUAUUGCUAACAUUCUAGGUACCUGUAACAGAGUCUGACAAAAGACAGUUCUUACAAGGUGUAUAACUUAGCAAACAUAUUAAUUAUCCCAAAGUAGUCAAGCCCCCCCUCUUAGUAUAGCACAUGAUACGUCUACUUCCUAAAUAGGAAGUCCACGGCACUAUAUUUUUCUUAUGGCUCAU